UUAUCGAACUUUAUCAUGGACAGAGACGUGAAAGGAAAGGUCGUGCUAAUAACUGGCUCUGCCGAGGGCCUGGGGCUGUCUAUGGUCGAAAACUUCUUAGCAAAUGGCGCGAAACUAGCCAUAAUGCUGGACAUUAAUGAAAAGCAAGGACUCCAAUCCCUUGAACGGAUCAAGGCAAAAUUCGGAAAUGACAGAGCCGUAUUCUUCAAAUGUAACGUUACAGAAGACCUAGACAAAGUCUACCAACAAGUAAUGGGUGUGACCAAAAAUGUUGACGUUGUUGUAAACAACGCUGGUGUUCUUGCUGAAAAUGAUAUUAAGAAGACAAUUGACGUCAACGUCACAGCUGUUAUGGAGUGGACGAUGAAGUUUUUGGAACACAUGAGAAAGGAUAAGGGAGGCAACGGUGGAACUAUCAUUAAUGUAUCGUCUAUCUAUGGAUUCAGGAUAACAGCCCACAUACCAUAUUACCAUGCUUCUAAAUUUGCUGUGCUUGGCUUCACGAAAUCUCUGGGUCAUGAAUAUACGUUCAAAAGAACGGGCGUACGAGUUGUCACUUUAUGCCCGGGUCUGACAACGACGCAACUGUCUCAAAAUCCUCAGGUGAGAGAAGAAGGUACGUUGAAUGACUUUUUGGAAGAACUUAAGGACACGGAAUGGCAAGAGGCUAAAGACAUUGGGAGAGGUACUGUGGAGAUAUUCCAGAAAGCUGAUUCUGGUACCGUUUGGCUCGUUGAAGGUGGACGUCCAGCUGAAAAAAUCAAUGUUUAGGCUAAGUUUAUUUUCAAGUCUACUUUUAUUAAGCAUUUCAAAGAGAAUGGUUAUUGAAAGUUUGUUACAUUUAAUUGUAAAAUGCUGGGCAUGUGGACAUUUGUAUUCUCAUUCUAUCAAUUAUAAUAUUAUAUUGUGUACGUAUUAUUUUGUGUAUCUAUGAACACUCAGGAUUAAAGAUUAACAAUUUAUGUACGUAACAGCUGAAUGUAAUAAAAAGAAAUCAGUCCAUUUUAUUUAUUUA